AUGGGAAAAGCAAAGAAAACAGCUCAACAAGCCGAAUCAUCCAAGGCAGAGAAGCAUGCAGAGCCUGAAGGAAGUCGAAGGUCACUCUCUGAUGGCGAACCUGAAUCGCCUCCGCCGAGAAACGAUCUGCCGGUGUCCGAUAUGCUUCCUGAGGUCACUGAGGAACUUGACUCGUUCAAUACGGCGAAUGAGAAAGCUCCUUCAGAGGAGAGCGGUGAAAGAACUCCGGGUCUUGGAGAAGAGCCAUCUGCGAAAGUUCCUGAAGCAGAUCCGCAACCGCAGAAGGAAUCCUCCAGUGAUGUCAUUCCAGAUGCUCCGGUCACUGAUAAAUCGCCGGAAGAGAAGGAUGAGUCUGCUCUACCUCUGGUGGUCGAUGAAGCUGAGAAAGGUCUGAGUGAAGCCGAGUCUGAAUCAGCCAAGAAGAUUGAUGAGGAACCCAGAGAUGAUAUUGUGACAUUGGGUUCUGAUUCAGAGGAAGCUUCAAAGAAGGAAGGAAGGAAGAAACGAGUGUUGAAGCGGCUAGGGUUGCGUUCCUCGAAACAGAGAAAGACAGGGGAAUCUAGUACACCAACCCAAUCUCAAUUCCUUACACCAGAAGAUGCGGCCAAGUCUCCAUAUUUGGCUAAGGAAGCAGGAGCCUCACCUCAGUUGAGAUCAAAGAAGUCUGGUGACAAGAGCGCUGAAGCAAUGCCGAGUCCUCUCAAGAAAAGGUAUGAUCAGUUCUUAAAGCGUAAGGUACUUACUGAGCGUACGGUAGAUAUGAAGGAAGCUGAUCAGUGGGGAUACUUGGCGGUUAUUAAGAAGGGUUCAAAGGAAUCAGCUGUCUCAAGUCUUGCUGUUUAUGUUGAGCAAGUUGUAGCUGAAUUCUAUGCGGGUUUGCCUAGUACUAAGGCCGAAGCAGAUGUUGAAGAAGUGGUUGUCUCAGUGAGAGGACAAGCGUACAAGUUCUCACCUGCUCUCAUCAACAAUGCCUUAGACUGGGAACCACUCACUAAGGAAGAAGAGGAGGAAGAGGCAGCUAUGGAUGAUGUCUCGGUAACUGAAUUAGCAUCGUUCAUCACCGGAGAUACGAGGACAGAAUGGGAAGGUCUCACUACAGCAGAUCUUACUCUGUGCUAUGGUGCCUUGAUGAUCAUAGCUGCGUACAACUGGAUCCCCUCUACUCACAAGACGUAUGUCUCACUUGAGAGGGCAAGGCUGAUCUACAAGAUGGCUCAUGGAGUCCGUGUUGAUUUGGGAAAGAUGAUGUUCAGACAGAUUCUUCAUCUUGGAGUGACUCAGGUCAGUGAUGCACGAUGGUUGAUUUUCCCUCGCUUGAUCAUGAGACUUCUUCAAAGCUAG